UAGCUGUUUGUCUUCCCAAAAAACAAUAAUCCAAAGGUUGUAACCCUAGGUGCGUCUUCCUCUGCUUCUUCUUUCUGAGAAAUAUGGCUUCGGAGUCUCCGAGUUCUGCUCGUAAAGUUGUUGUUCAUCUAAGAGCCACUGGUGAUGCCCCAAUUCUAAAGCAAGCCAAGUUCAAGAUUGCUGGAACUGAUAAGUUUGCUAAAGUGAUUGACUUUCUUCGUCGCCAGCUUCACAGGGAGACAUUGUUUGUGUAUGUCAACAGUGCCUUCUCACCCAACCCAGAUGAAUUGGUGAUAGAUCUGUAUAAGAAUUUUGGUUUCGAUGGUAAGCUGGUGGUUAAUUAUGCUUGUUCCAUGGCAUGGGGCUAACUGUCACUGAAGGAUCUUAAGCUAUGACCCACAUUAUAUGGUUUCUCCUCCGUUUCAACUAAAAAUAUGUCACCAGACUAACUUUUAUCACUCAUCUCAUCUGCUAAUAUUGUUUGGCAAAUAGAAGCAUAGCAGACAUCAAGUUGAAUGAAAUUGUCGACAGAAGAUAUUACUGUACAUAAUGAAUUGAAUGAAUAUAGAUUGUUAUUAUAUUCUUUUGGUGGUGAUUAAUCCAAGAGUUACAAAUUUGAUUGGUGUAA